GGUGCGAUCGCCCGGCAGAAAGGAAGGCGCUCCACUUCCGGGUCAGACCCUUCCCCCGCCUCCCUCGGCGUCCGCCAUGGCGGGUAGCAGCGGCACCGGGGCCGCGGCGGCGGCGGCGGCGGCGACGGCGAAUCUGAAUGCGGUGAGGGAGACCAUGGACGUUCUGCUCGAGAUUUCAAGAAUUUUGAAUACUGGCUUAGAUAUGGAGACUCUGUCUAUUUGUGUACGGCUUUGUGAACAAGGAAUUAAUCCAGAAGCUUUAUCAGCAGUUAUUAAGGAACUUCGAAAGGCCACUGAAGCACUAAAGGCUUCUGAAAAUAUGACAAGCUGACUUUCUGGAGAAUUCCUAAUGAGAUGUCAAACUCUGCAAGAGGAUUUGAAGAUCGAAUUGUACUCAAGAAUGUACAAUGAAAUUACUGCAUGCAGCAGUGUAGCAACAUUUUCCUUUUUAAAAGAAUUAUAAAACCAUAGCUUUAUAAAUCAAUGAAAAGUGGCUUACAGAGAGGACUGUCAAAUGUGUUUACAUCACAUCUUGCUUUUUUAAACAGUGCUAAUGCUUUGGCAUUACAGUGUUCAUAUUUAUUCCUUAUUUAUAGAUCUGAUAGCUUUAAUUUUCUAAGCAGUCUAUCAGAUGUGCACAUCUGGUGAGCCUGUUUGUAGUAUAGUGGAACCCAUUAGUAGUAAUGUAGUAGUUAGGACUUGCUGAUAUUUCCAUUAUAAACUUUAAUUUUAAAUUGUUUAUGCAAAAUAACUGGAUUUAUGUUGCACUAGGCUGAAAGUUGACAGAAUUUCAACCACCAUUUGUGAAUUUUGAUUUAUAUUCAUUAUAUAUAUCAGAAUCAAAAACAUUUGUUCUAAUCUCUUUAACAAAGAAUGUUUAAUUUUUAAACAAAAUUUGUCUGGCAGUGAAUAGUGUGAACCAGAUCAAUUUUGUAUUGGUUGAAAAAUAAAACUUUUAGAAACUUGGAUUUUAAAAGUAAUGAUAGUACUUAGCUUUUACUUUUUAUUUGUCAAUUGAAUCAUUUAAUGAGAAUAUCGAGAAUGUUUUUCCCUUAGUUUUACACUCUGAAAAUGAUGAAACAUUUUCAACAUGCAAAAUUCUUUUUAUGUUUAUUACAUAAAAAUAAAUUGAGUACUUACCUAAUAUAUCUUGAGUGGUUAUCUAAUAACUCAGUAGAUAGCCAGUGGAUAUCUAGUCACUAACAGGAACUGUCAUUCAACAAAUAUGUUACUAUUUUCUGAAGGAAUAAAGAUUUCCAGUUAUUAAACAAAAACAAAAUAAUCUAAUGUUCUAUAAUGUCUUUCUAAGAUUAUUUUUGUGUGUCGUUUUUACUAUAGAGUUUUAACUAAUCAAAAUUUGCCUCAUAAUAAAUUUUGAUUCUGUUUCUGUAAUAGAAUCUCAAUGGAAUAUUUUUCGCAAGACUAAUACAAAUUCAAUCUGACUUUAUUUUAGAAUUUGUUAGCUUCCAUUUAAAUGGCAGAAUAAGCAUUUACUCUUCGGUAGCAUGUUUUGUUCUUCAGACAAACUGAAGUGAUUUUAGUAAGGCUUGGUAAUAUUUAAAUGACAACCUUCUGUACUAUUUUUAAAAUCUAGUCUUUCGAGUAUUUAUACUUUUUAAAUGUAUGACAUCUUCCCCAAGUGCACUGGAAGGUCUAUUGGGAGACAAGAACUUGUGAUGAGAAGUCAUUUAUUUGCUUACAAAUACUUAUUGCACGUUGUUAUUUAUAAAAUUAUAGAACACUUGUCAAGUUUCAAAAUUUGUGUAUACUUUUAGGCCAUUAGAGUUAAUAGUUAAAUUGUUUAUGACUUUAUAGAUUAAGUUAUUUAUGUAUGAAACAGCAGGAAAAAAUAUUGAGGAAUUAUGUUUAUAGAGGACUUCUUUAGUAUGUUACGUUUCUUAAAUGUAAACAUAUAUUUUUAAUGCAUACUUAAGUAAUAUUUAAAGAAACCAAAGUAAUGAUACAAUCAUAGUGCUGUGCAUGUUGUCAGUGACAAAAAUAAAACCAUUUCGGUGGUAUUGGAUGUA